AUGAAGGACCGCCCUGAUGGUGGUCCUCUGUACGGCUGGACAUUUCAUCAAUCUCACGACCAGGCCACCGUCCUCUUCUUAGUUCCGCACACGACCUCAGCGAGCGAUCUCAACAUCCGUAUUGCCAGCGAUCAUGUCAUCGCGUCUGUCACCCACCAUCCGCCCAUUCUACAGGCCAAGCUUUACGGUCGCAUCAACACCGAAACAUCGACAUGGAGAAUAGCUGAUCGCGACCGCACUCGGAAGCGACGAAGCCGCUCCUUUGCUCGAACCUCUCAAGCAGUGGCGAGCACUUCGGGUUCCGGAUCUGGCUCUGGCUCUGCGCAGAUUCCUCUGAGUCGACGAGCCCAAGCCGAACCUCGCCUCCGACAAAGUACCGUGCCGUCCGAUGGCACUUGGCCAGGAUCACAGACUUCCGGCUCUCACGUCAACAUCGAGUCGCCUCCAGCAUCCCAUUCCAGUAUGUCUGCUUCCAUCGCAUCUCUUCACUCGGGGUCCAGCUAUGAAGUUCUCGCGAAUUCAACACCCUCAUCGCUGCCGCUCACUUCCGCUGAUCCUGCAACUGAGUGGUCGAGCGGCUCGAGCGAUUUUGGCUCGUCGGAUUCAGCCGAUGCUAGUCUUAACCAGAGCGUAGUGCUUUCCGACCCAGGCGAUCUGCGAAGAUACGCCAACGAGGGGGCUACCCAGGCAGAGCCGAUCGAGAGUCCAAGCCUGAGAAGGUCGCGCUCCAUCUCUAAUUUGGCUGCUUCGUCGGUCACCGCCUCGGGUUCGCAUGUUCUCGAGGCAUCCCAAACGUCUCCACAAGCCGGGCCUCCCGAGGUUCGCCUCGUUUCCCUACAUCUUGACAAAAUUGAAACUGGAAUAUGGCCGUUGCUCGUCAUCGGCCCUGCGCCACUACAGACCGAAGCUCUACCGACUCGCUUGAAUAGACUCUUGGCAUCUGAGCUGCCCAACAACGCAUCCAUCAAUGAAACCUUUGUCAACGAACGUAUCCAUCGACGUCGAGGAUUUCGACAAGAAGAGCAGCAACGCUCUGCGGCACAGCUGCAGCUUAACCAAGCACUAGAAGAGGCGCUAAGCGCUUUCGAGGAAGGCGACCGUGUUUUGGCCGCCAUACGCCGUGGCAUAGAUCCAGUGAAUCCUCAAGACGAUUCGCGUUCUUAUCUUGAAGAGGGCUCUAGAACCAGUACGGACAGUGAUGAAGAUCAUGGGCCCAACACUAGCACUCUCAGCAUCAAUACUGUGGGCAGUGACGAGAGCGCAACAGUACUCGGUAGUCGCAUCGCUAGUCUCUCUGGCACGUCGGCGGGACUGCACCAUGCACAUGCAAGCGCUUUCACUACCAGACAAGCGGAUGCGGAACGCGAAGACGAAGAUGAAGUGCUAGAAGCUUGGAAGGAGUUGGAGACGCUGGCCAGAUACAACAUGGACCCCACUACCUUGUCCUUGAUUGGGUUGCAAUUCGCAAAUAGUUACAGCACGCAAAGGAUCUCGAACUUAGCAAGUCAACUCGGUCGAGCUGCCACAUCAGCCAUACCGGACGCAUUUGAGUACUUUGCUCGAGCUUGGAGGGCUGCUGACGUCAGUUUGGCGACAGAGCGUCUUGUUCAGGAUUUUCUGCCUCUGCUCCCUUCCACUGCAACAUCGAAUGGUGCUGGUGACUUGGACCAAGGCCCUCUGCAUGCUCGUCUGCUCGAAGUUAUGGAUCCUUCGUUAGUGAGAAGCGCUUUCUCGCUGCCUGGGACAAGCAAUUUGAUAGCGAGCUCUUUGCGCGAGCGUCUCCACUCGCACUCCUACAUGUCGCAUCGACAACGACUCGUGGCCUCACUCGGUGGACCCAAGGCCCUCGCUCGGCUUUACGUCUCUUAUGGAAGGUUGCACCUGCCAUCUCUCGAAUCGAAUCGAUCGCCUCUAGCUUUUCCCUACGGACAGCUGACGAGCCCAUUCGUUGGCGGUGGGCAUGGUAGGAUGCAUCAAGUUAGCAACCUUCCUCGCAGAUCAAGCCGUCAACCAACUUCGACCACUUCAAGUCGCACUCCCAGCAUCGCUUCCCUUACCUUCGGCGGCGCUGAGGGUAGCGCUGCCUCUCCACCCAAGAGUACGCGAGCUCCCAACUCUCCGACUGUAGCCGAUUCGAGCCGGAUGGCGUCCCCCGAUCAUGGUGUUAACAACACAGCGACAUCCCAACUGAACUUCUCUGACUUUGUCAUCCAAGCCGACCACAGCUUAGCCAGCCAGCCUGCUCCCUUCUAUUUCUUUCGCGAAGCUUGCCUGCUGGACAGCGAUGUCGCCGCUCAGAUCAAUGCUCAGGAAUGGAUCGAAGCGCUUUUGUUGGCUCUGGAAACUGAAGAUCGACGCGUUGCAGAGCUGGACGGUCUUGCACAGGCCGAAGAAAUGGGCAGCAUGGUUGGUGACAGCGAGAGCGGCUGUCUCACUUUUGAGAGUGGUAGUGAAGCUCACCGACGUCGCGUACAGCGUCGAUGUGGUCAGAGAUCCUCCGCAACCGUUUCGUCGGGCGCUCUUGGCGGAUUCUUCAGCCGAGCAUGGCUCAGCGAUGCCAACGCGAGUGAAACGCCUCCACGGAAGCGGAGUGGUAAAGCACCACGAAGGACAGAGAAGAGCAAGCGCAGGAAAGACCCUCGUACCUCGAAAGCUGGUCGGGAGCAGGGCGAAGCCGGCGUGAUCAACUUUGUCAGUGGAGCAGCCCUGCUCGGUGUAGCCCUGGCUGGCAGUGUUGCUGCUCUGGGAUGGUGGAGAAGAACUUCUGCUGCUCUCAACUCGUCUGCCUAA